GCACAUGGAAGCAACCCACACUCACUCACUCCCUCGCUCGCACACCCACACACACCCGCGCACACACACACACACACACACAACGCUCUCGCGCACGACGUAAUAUUACGUGAGGAUGUACGGUUUGUACAUUGUAUGCAACUCUUGCAUGAGUUUAUGUCUCUGUUGGCGCAUGCGUAGUUGGUCUGUUGGCCGCACGUACCCUUGGUGAAGUCGUCUACUCGUAAUGUAGCUGUAUAAAGCCAAUCUAACCCACAUGGAACAUUACACUCAAUGGUUUACAUACGGCCUACUGCAUGUUACCCACUUUUCUGACUUUUUGGCGAGAUGUGGUACUGACUUUCUUCAUGCUCACGUUUUCUAUACACUUUUAUAUAGCAAACAAGAUUCCAUUUUCAAUCUUGACACAACUUAUGUGGAGUAGCCUUCUGUGUGUACUUGGGGAAACUUUUUGAGAAUUGAGACACAACUCAGCCCAGCUUUUAUUAAUAGCUGGAUAUCUUAUUUUUGCUGGACCUUUGAGUUUGAAAGUGUUUUCUUGACUUUUCUUUUACCGUUGUCUGAACGGUGACCUGCAGCCUGUCGACUUCGUGUCGACUGGACCAAAUUGUUUUAUUCAUGAAUCGAGAAGAGACCGGCGUUAAGAUUUCGAAUUACCGGGAUUACAACGCGUACCAUCGCUAUAAUAUGCCUAUGCUACCUGACCAUGCGGAGUACUUAUUCCCAUGCCCUGGGCCUUAUACCAUGGAUGACUAUGGUGAAAUUCCUCUGGAUACAUCUUGCCCGAUAAAAACAGCACCAGCUCUCCGGAUGGAUUUCAACUUCGACCAGUCAGACGUGAAACCUGAGCUUGAAGAGCCUUGUCCUGUAUGCGGUGAUAAGGUGUCAGGUUACCACUACGGUCUUCUGACCUGUGAAUCCUGUAAGGGGUUCUUCAAGAGGACAGUCCAGAACAAGAAGGUCUAUACCUGUAUAGAGAACAGGAACUGCGCCAUAGAUAAAACACAACGCAAAAGGUGUCCCUACUGUCGCUUUCAGAAAUGCCUCAAGGUUGGCAUGAAGCUAGAAGCUGUGAGGCCGGAUAGGAUGAGAGGAGGACGAAAUAAAUUCGGUCCCAUGUACAAACGAGACAGAGCACUAAAACAACAACAGAGAAACAGAAUAAUCGCCAGUGCCCGGGCUAUGUCUACACCCGGCAAUCCGGACAUUAGCAUGGCUAUCAAGAAUAUCCAUGCAGCGGCCUCAAGAAGUUCAGGACUCCCUCCACCGCCAACCGUGGUCAUCCGCGACCAUCUCAACAAAACCCCCAUCAUGAACAUCCCUCAGCCGAUGUCGUUACCACAGAACGACUACGGUGUCCAUCCCCCUCAGAUGCAGCCGCUCAACUACACGACGUCGGCAGCACCCAUCCAACCACCCACAUCGAGUCCGCCUCCACCCGCAUCGAGUACCAGUCCGUUGUCGGUGAAAGCCGAACCCGACCACACCCCGAAGCUCAUCCUAGAACUGAUCCGAAGUGAACCUGAUCAGGCUCAACUCCAAGCUAAGGUCGCCUCCUACUUCCAAACUGCCAUGGGUAUGACUGCACCAGGGGACUUCUUCAGCAUGGUCUGCAAGCUAGCUGACCAAACACUCUUCGCGUUUGUUGACUGGGCCAGGAAUAGUCUCUUCUUCAAAGAACUCAAGGUUGAAGACCAGAUGAAACUGCUUCAGAACUCAUGGAGCGAGCUCCUUCUCUUCGACCAUCUCUAUCGUCAGAUUCAUCAUCACGGAGAGGGCGUCCUCAUGAUAACGGGUCACACCCUAGACCAAGCAACACUCUCACACAUGGGUCCUGCCGACGUCAUCGACCAAAUGAGCAGCAUUGUCAUGCGCAUGCGUGAACUCAAACUGGAUCACAAAGACUACGUCUGCCUCAAGUUUAUGAUCUUGCUCAAUCCAGGUAUUGUUGCACUUCACGAUAAGCACAUCAUUGAUGGGUGCCAGGACCAAAUCAGUGCUGCCCUUCUGGAGCAUACCGUGACAGCAUACCCAAACGUUUCAGACAAAUUCAGAUUGAUGCUUAGGCUACUCCCCGAGAUUAGACAGAUCAGCCAACGGGCAGAAGAGUAUUUGUACUAUAAGCACCUAAACGGCGAAGUUCCCUACAACAGCCUUCUCAUGGAGAUGUUACACAGUAAACGAAAAUGAGCUAGUCGACUUCCUCUCUGUGACGUAACGUUGGAGUCUUAAGACUGAGUCGGGACCACUUAUGCACUUUGUCGCACCUAUGUAACACCUGACAGCUAUCGAGCCACACUUCCAUUCACAUGUGAGGCAAAGAUGGACAGACGAACAAACGAACAGACAGAAUCCUCGGAUCGCAUGAGAAAGUGAGGGCCAGUUUGGGAGUGUCUGAUUUUCCAGUGUGUGACAAGCGUUUUGUGCAUACGUUUCACGACGUAUCGUUCUCGGUGACACAGACUCGGGGUCCCUGCCGUGACGUAUGCAUCAAACUUUUAUAUGCAUGAAGAAUUGCUGAAUACGCAAACCAAAGAGUGUUUAUGGACAAGUCUGUAUAUACUAAAUAUAUAAACAUAUGUGACUCUUUUUAUCAUUACUAUGUCAUAUGGAAAGAUGUUCCUUUGACCCAUAUGAGAAGCAGACCGCAUGCAGGUUUUUGGUCAGUGCGCGCAAGCCACUGCCUCAACUCCUUUUGCCUAGGAGAAUAUCAACUUUUGAAACAACAAGUCAUGAAGGACACUAUACGAAGACCCUCUUAUGGUCAUGUCGUUUUUUUUAGUUUUUUUUUAUAGUUUGCUCGGAUGUGUUUAUUGAGAAGAACAUUAUAUGAGGAGGAUAAAGAAAGAGGAUGAUAAAUUGCAGCAAAGCUGUGUUUCCUUUUUAAAAGUAUGCCACGACUUCUGAAACGUCUUGUAUGUUGCUAUGGCAACAAAUUAUUGCCAGACCCCCACUGUAAAUUAGUUUAUGUUCCUAUAGUAUAAACUAUAAAGGUAUCUGUCAUGUCUAUGUUAGUGUAAAAUGACCAUCAAAUGGUGUUUUAUUUGAUCAAAUUAAAAUAACUAAAGAUGUAUUUUGAAAAGUGUGAACAACAAUUUAAAACAAGAUAUUAAAUCAUCUUGUUGUCCUGAACACCACUUUGAAACCACAUCUCACCAAAAUUAUUCAAAAGGGUUGGGAUGGAUUGAAAUGAAAUAAGGUGUUAAGUGAUUAAAAAUAGUAAUGAAAUUCGUGUAGUUUGUAUCCAUAAACCAUGAAAUUUUUGUGCAACCAGCUUUGCAUUAAAUGCACGCACACACUGAAAUCAUAUAGGUCUUGAGUACUAGAAUCAGAUUAAAUGGCUUAAUCUUGGGUCCAUUCGUUCUUGAUGUCAUACAAACUAAGUUUGUUGGUUUUUCUUUAACUGCUUAAUAUAGAAUUUGUCAAACUUAAUUCAUCUGGCUGAACUUUAAUUUUGUUAUUAUUUCAAACUUGGCAAAGUGCCCACAAUAAAUUACUGACCAGACGGUGGCAUUGCUUACAAUCAAAUCCUAAUUGUAAUGGUCAAAAUGUAGGGACAGUACCACAAUAUUGUAUGUUAGUGAACGUUUAUAUCUGACACUCAAACCAUUUUCUUUCUUUAUGUCUAAGCCCCCUUACCAAAAUACACCACCCUCUCUUUUAAAGGAAUAGCAUGCCAGAAGGAUAGGUAUGUGACCAAAUAAAUAAAAUUCACAGCUCUGACUGGAUUUGAAAAAAAUCUGCACAAGUUGCUUGGCUUUAGCACAAAUCAACUUCUGUCUCUGCAUAGGCAUCGAUUCGUUCUGUAACUAUGUUGGAUUUUGUGUCUAUCUACGUGAUUGUGCUUUUAUUAAGUCUAAAUCAGUGAUAUUUGAUUUUAUUUUUUUGCUUUGAGCACAACAUAAUAUUCUGACAUUGCGCUGAAUAAAGCACUUAACUUAAAUGUCUUGUAUGCACAAAAUGUAGUUUUGGUUACUUCACCAGAAAACACUGCCCUCUGUUUUAGAUAUUUGUACAGUUUCCGAUAGAUUCUCAUUGUAAGACCUCAGCAAAUUUUUGGUAAUAUUUGUUAUUUUUUCAACGAAAAUAUGAAGUAAUGUGAAAUAAAUCUAACACUUUAAAAAAGUGUCUAACAAUUCCAUGAAAUAGACUUGGUUCACUGUACUGGAAUGGCGAAUUUAAAGGAUUUUGAACUAUGCAUAUGAUUAUCAUUUUAAGUCUAUAUACAUAGCUUUCCCUUUUACACGCCCCCAGUCUCUGUUUAUAUCGAAAGUGGGAAGGAAAAGGAAGGAAUUUUGUCAGCCUCAUGUUCUCCGCAUCCGGGCAUUUUGUGUGUGAUCUCUUACAGGGUAAAUGUAAAUGAGGUUGAGGGAGAGAAAAAAAACGCGUACAACGGAGUACUUAUACGUCACUUUAAAGACCAUGGAAAUGUUUUAUAUUAUGAUGUUCAAAUAAUGAUUACUCCCCUUAAUGGACUUUGUCAAAAUUCUUGAUGUUCUGAAUUUGUUGUACCAUUGUUGAUUUAUGUCUUUGCAAAGUAAAUGUUCCAAUUUGUAUUGAUUUGAUUCAGAAUACUCACUGUCCAAUGUAUAAUUGAAUUAAUUCCCACCAUUAUUUAAAUGACUUAAGUGUUAAGUCCUCGUCAUUUAUGCCAUUAUUUCUAUUGCGUGAGGUAUUCUAGUAUUUACACACACACAUAGUUCCUAGACUUGUACCUGUAAUUAGGUCCAUACCCAUUUUACAGUUCAUUAUGCCAAUUUCGAAUUGAGAGGAGACUAAUAUUGGUUUGUUUUUUAAUUCCCACGAGUAUAUUCCACUAUGUAGGGAAACAUUUUGUUAACAUUGCAUAAAACUUCUUACUCAAGAGAAAUAUUGCUACGCUAAUGUGCGCAGUGGAUCUGUUUUUAAUCAUAAUAUUGAAAUAUUUUGUAGUAUAUACAGAGACUGGUGCAGAACACUAGUCGAUAAACUACUUUUUAAGCCGUAAAGACGUUUCCCCUGUGUGGGUUGUAUAGAUGUUAUUUGUCGAUUCAGACAUUAAACUUUAAAAAAGUGUCUAACAACUCCCGGUGUAAUAGUGUAAAUUAUAGUUUCAUGAAAUGGUGUGCUUUAUCUACUUUCACCCCCCCCCCCUUUUUUUUUUCAGGCUGACUUGAUACGCGAUUUCUUGAUCAUAUUUAGAUUAUUUUCAUCUGAUAUUCGAUUUAUAUUAAGCCAUGGGGCGUCCCAUAUUUGCCAUAAAAAGGUAGAAUUUCUCAGUCUUAUGAAAAUCAUCAUUCGAUUCUGAAUUUUCAAAGAAAAUUUACAACCAACACCUACUUUCAUGAAAAGAAUAGUUUACAUUUCCUGAAUGAUGGAUGUCACACAACAAUGAUUUCUGCAUAAGUCGAGUCGGCCGCCUUGCCAUAUGAUAUUUCUCCUUUUCAUAAUUUUUCGCGUUAAUUUUCCAAACUAACUUCUAUUGUUUUACCUAAGCUUUCUUGGUCUCUGCUGUCAUUUUUGAUCAAACAUGGUUCAGCGCGCACAUUUUUUUGACGAUUCUUCUGUUAUAUGAUAUUAUACCUUGCCUGGUUUGACGAAGUGACUCAUAUUGUCUAUACUAUUAUAUAUUUACAAGAGAUGUUUACUUCGUUAUUGAUAUGUACACUAAUUUUUUUUUUCGUUUUUGUGCAUUCAAAGUGCAUUCUGUACAAUUUUGUGGACAAAAAGAUAAUGGUUGUUGAACACAA